AUGGGUAAAAGUAAGCUUUAUUAGCUUAGUAUCCUUAAGGAAAAACUUUAUAGGAUAGAUUCAGAAUUAGGAGGAACAGCUAAGCAAUAGAAAGAUAUGAAAGGAAGUCAAGGAGAGUUUGAAAAUUUAUUUAAUGAUGUCAAAGAUAGAAUAUUUAAGAUAAAAAGCAGUUAAAAGUUUAUGUAGGAGAGAGCUUAGAAGCAUGGUUAAGAUAGAAAAUAUAUAGAUAAAGAGUUAGAAUGUAAAAAUGAAGUUACUUAUUGUGAAGGUUUGAUUGAAGAGAUGGCAAAACUUAUAAGAAAAUAGAAAUCAAAUAAAAAUAUAAGUUAAGUUGAUAAGGAAAGAAGGGAAAAAUCUUUUGGUGUAAUAAAAAAUGAGUUAUAUAAAAUAAUGGAGAGUUUAGGGAUGAAUCCACCUGAAGAACCUAAAGAAGUAGAAGUUCAUGUUUAAACACUUAAAGAGUUUAAAGUUAAUGUCUUAGGAGAUGGAAGUAAAAAAAAUUAAGAAUAUCAUAAGGGCGCUGAAGCUGGUGAAAGAGAAAUGUAAGCUUUAGAUGAUGCAGCUAGAAGAAAUGAAAGAUAAGACGAUAUUUUAAGAGAUAUAGAUGAAGGACUUGAUGUAUUUAAGGGAAAAGCUAUUUAAAUGGGAGAAAAGCAAGAUGAGGUUAAAGAGAGAAUAUAAGAUAUAACUAAAAAAGUUGAUAAUGCAAAUAAAGUAGUUGAAACUUCUAAUCAAAGAUUAAAAGACUUGCUAACUAAAUACAGAUAACCAAGUAAAUUUUGUCUUGAUAUGACUCUCCUUGUAUUUCUUUUAGGGUUAAUAGCAGUAGGAUAUACAAGUCUUAAAGGGUAGUGA